AUGACUGACGCCGGGCCCCGUCCCAGUUGGAGGAGCAUUGAAUCCAUAUGUACCAUUGCCGGCGCAAAUCUUCCGACUAUUCCAUCCAUUCCGCCCGACUCUAAUCCCAAUCUUGAUUCGAUUCGCAAAGUUUAUGACAUUGUCUUUGCUCCAGGUCUUGACAAAUUCUUGGAAUCUGGCCACACAAAGUGGUUUGCUCGAGAAGGAUUUCCUUUACUUUGUGCUGAUCGAAAUCAACUUGGAAAUAUCCUCGCGUAUCUGACGUUGGUUAGUAACCAUUCUGACACCUCAACUGAAAAAGCUGCUUUAGCAAGUCAAGAAGCGCGAGUUUCUUGGGCUCUGUUGGAACUAUGUAUCAGGCCAGCGCAUGACAGUGGUGAAGAGGCAGACAAACUUGCACGUCGAUGUCGAGCAUUCGGUGCCAUUUUGACCGGAGAACCUUUCACCAUUCCUACUGCUUCAAUCGCCGACUUUGUUCAUCAAGAUGAUGUUGAACCAGAGCCCAAGGUCAGCGCAUUGGAGAAACAAAUGGCAAAAAGAUCAGACGAAUUUUGGGAACUAGUCGAAACGGUGGCAGCAACUCAGGAGCCACACGGAGAAGGAGUUUCCAUUCCGGCAGUAAAGCAAUGUCGACCCUUACUUGAUGGAAUGGAAAAUCGAGACAUCAUCUACAGUACCAUGUUAUUGGGAUCGAAAAAAGAUGGAAAUGGCGAACUUACUUCGGAACGAGAGCUGGCAAAGAGAUAUUUGGAGUCACAGGCAAGUGGACGUGCUACGAAUCAGGUUUUUGCUACAAUCUCAGGCAUGGCGUUGAGGGCGUUUGACACAUGA